UUUAGUAAGCAGAAAUCAAUUUCAAAUAAUACAGUAGUUUCAAUGAGACGAAACUCUUGCAAAAUACAUUCGGAAUUAUUGAUAGUGAGUCGAUUACAAUAGAAUAUUUUUUUCUCUCAUAUUUCUUGCAACAAAAAUUGCUCUGGAAUUAUUUAUUACCAAGUUUUGAAGAGUGGGGGGGCGAGACAAAAUCUUUGAAGAAUGUAUAUCUAACAGUCUUUAAAAAGCCUUUUUUCGGAACACAUAUGUAUAUCUCAACUUCAUGAAAGAAUCAUUUCUUAUAUACAUGUAGGUAUAUUAAAAAACUUCAACUUACUAAAUCUAGCUUUGAAAUUUGAUAUUUUUUAAAAAAUGGCUACUUAUUACAUCAGAUAAUGUCUGGCAAAAAUAAAGAAAAAAUAUACACAGGAGAAAUUUCAUAUACACUGUUUAAAUUAUCGGGAAUAUGGAAACCAUCUGAACAUACAUCACAAUGGAAGUUAAUUCUUUAUCGAUUCUAUUCCAUGUGUACUAUGUUAUCAUUUAUUGUAUUUACGUCAUUUCUGUUUAUUUAUAUGUUUCAGAGACAUGAAAAUGUCGAAGCUUUUGCACAAAUUGUUUUUUAUUUCUUCACAACUUUUGCCACUUUUAUUAAACAGAUUAUUAUUACAAGAAAACGUAAAAUAUUUAUAAAGACAGAUGAAAUGUUUUUGUCUGAGAUGUGUCGACCUCAGGAUAUUCACGAGAAUGAAAUAUUACAAAACUGUUCACGAAGAGGAAGGAGAAAUUCGAUUUAUUAUUUUUUAAUGGUUUGUACCACAGGAACAAUGGUGAUGUUGUUGCCAUUAGCUUCGAUGCCAAAUAUGAUUCUUCCAAUUCCAUACUGGUUACCAUUUUCACAAGAAUCUACACUUGUUUAUUCUCUAGCAUAUUUGCAUCAAGUGAUUUGUUGCAUUAUGAUAAUAUUUAUUUGUGUUGGCAUGGAUGCUUUAGCAUUAACAGUCAUGUUACGUAUUUGCGCUCAACUCGAAAUAAUAAUUUAUCGGUUAGAUUUGCUUUCUCAAUUUGGGAAAAUUAGUCAAUUUAUUUCUGUUGAUGAUCAUAAAAAAAUUGAUAUUAUCAGUUGCCUAAAGCAUCAUCGUCAUAUACAUUCAAUUGGAGAGAAUGUAAAUAAACAAUUUGGAGCGGUGAUUUUUGUACAAUUUUUCGCUUCUAUGGUUACCUUAUGUGUCAUUAUUUAUAAUUUAUCGAAAAUGAGUUUAAGCAAUGGUGAUAGUUGGAUGAUGAUAACUGCUUUAUGCAGUUACACUUUCCAGAUCUUUAUAUAUUGUUUUUACGGUGAUAAAGUGACGGAAAAGAGUUUAGAUAUUGGGAUGUCAGUUUAUUUCGUAAAUUGGGAUGAAUUUACGAUUAACAUGAAAAAAAGUCUUGUAACUAUAAUGAUGCAAACUACAAGACCUAUUAAGUUGACUGCUGCAUCAAUAAUCGUCAUGUCAAUAGAAACUUUUGUGAAAAUAAUCAAAUCAGCCUACUCUGCAUUUAACUUACUAAAAUACAGUUAAUUAUAUUUAAAAUUCAUAGUUAAUAGUCAAUAUUAGCAACCAGUGUGAAGAAUUUAGGUAUCUGUUAAUAUUUUAUGUAAACAUUUUCGCAUGUCUAUAUUUCAUAGAAAUCAUCUUGCCCUCCAAAACUGAAGUCAAAAUCAGCCAAAAAUAUAUUGCUUUUGUUUACUAAGGAAAAAGAUUUCUUUU